CAGAUAAUGCCAGCUUCCUGCAGCAGUCAAAGUUGUCCCCCAACUCUGUCAGCUGUGAGCUCCUCUUCACCUUCUUCCUCUCAUAGGGUGUAAAAAAAAAAAUCCAGCCAAAAUGUCAGAGAAAAAGAUGUCUUCGAGUCGCAAGCAUAAUCUGAAGAGCUUAAUGCUCUCAAUCGCUAAAGGUUUGCUUGAGGUUGAAGCAAAGGAAAGAGAAGAAGAGAGGAAAAGGCACAUGGCAGAGACGUGCCCUCCUUUAUCUAUGCCAAGUGGCUUACAAGCGCUUCAGGACCUGUGCAAAGAACUUCACCAUAAGAUUGAUGUGAUUGAUGAAGAGAGAUAUGAUCUGGAGAGUAAAGUGAACAAAAGUUCUAAGGAGAUUGAGGACAUGAAGAUUAAAGUUCAGGACCUGAAGGGCAAGUUCAAGAAACCCGCCCUUAGAAAGGUGCGCAUGUCUGCUGAUCAGAUGCUUCAGGCUCUGCUCGGCUCCAAACACAAGGUGUCUCUGGACCUGAGAGCAAACCUGAAACAAGUGAAGAAAGAGGUCAAGGAGGAGGAUAAGGAACUACGUGAUGUCGGUGACUGGCGUAAGAACAUUGAAGACAAGGCUGGCAUGGAUGGCAGAAAGAAGAUGUUUGAGUCUGAGUCUUAAAUCAUAUGUAGUCUAGUCUUCACUGCUUCUACAGAAUAACUGUCGUAUGCUGCUGCUAGAGGACUGGAAAUGUCAGGUUUAGUAUAUGGGCAUGUUUCAAAUGAGAAAGCUAAACAAGAAAAGUAAUAUUUUCAAAAUAGAAGUUUCAGAAUUAAGUUGUACUUUGCCUAGUUAAAAUUUAACUUCAUACUGAACAUUUGUGUUGGUAAUUAAAUUUUCCAAUGCAUGAAUAAACAAUUUAAAGUUUA